UUCUGUUAAUGAUCUAUGGUAUUUUGUUAGCCUAGGCCUCUUAUCAUGUGGAACCCGCGUCUAAUUAGUGAGGAUGUCGGAGUGGGGAUCAAUGUACGCAGGCUGCGGCGCAAUUUUUUAAGCACCUUUACUGUGGCUUACUCAAUGAGACCUCUACCAGAUGGCGCUGUAUUUAGAUGUUAUCCCGGAUUAUGGAAAGUGUUCUAUGAUGAUAAGGACCGACCAAACAGAUAUCUUCUUGCCAAAGAACAGAUCAGCCGUCCAACUAUAGAAGAUCUGGAGAUAAUAUAUGGAGGUGUGGAUGAGAAGGAAGAUAAGGGCCCCUCACUGUUAAAUCAAGCAGCUGGAGUCUUCUCUUCUAUAAACCGCUUCAUGAAAGUCAUUUCAAGAUAGACCGUGCCUUCACUUUUUAACACAGAGGCGUAGUGCUGAGCAUUCAACUUAAUGACACAAACAAUCAGCACCAGGAUUUGCUUGUAAAUGCACUCCUCUAUCUAUUAUCAGUUUGCAGAUCUUUCAGAAUGGAUUAGCAGAGUAUAUAUCAAAUUACUUGGUGCAUUCAGUUUCCUUGAUCAGAGAAGUUGUGGUAUAUUUUCAAGGAACUCUUUUGUAAUUCUAUUUUUGUUCAAACAGAAA